UUGUUCCAUCCAGACUGUUGUGUAGCUUGACUGUAGUGUAUGGAAAUCAUUUACUAAAUAGCAGUUAACUAAGUAACUAUUAACCCCACAAAAACAUUCUGUUAAUUAUAAAUUCAACUUUUUCAGUAGUGUCAGAGUUGUUCCAUGUGUUCGAAAAUAAUUUAUGCAUUCUACUGUCUUUGCUCCCAUAGAUCUAAUCCCACAAUCUCAUUGUGAAUUCAACAGUCAUCACGCCCACUCAGAGAAACAUGAGCUCACACAAGAGACCUGUCCGGGUUCGGCCCGAUUCUGACACCAGUUUCUCCAUGGCCUGUGACCCGAGCGCACCAGGGGCGGAAGAGGGCCCCGGGCUCUUGACCAAGCUGAUGGAGCUUCCCCUAGCCCGUCUGUCCCGACAGCAGCUGAAAAAGCUGGAGGAGCAUCAGUACAGCAGUGCGGGACGGUCCCUCCUGGAGCCCUUCAUGCAGGGAUUCUGGUGCUGGCUGGUGAGCAAAGUGCCUCUCUGGAUGGCGCCGAACCUCAUCACCAUAGUGGGACUCGCUACUAAUAUUAUCAGUACUCUGAUACUGGUAUACUACUGCCCUACUGCCACCGAACAGGCACCAACGUGGGCAUACUUAGCUUGUGCUUUGGGUCUGUUCAUCUACCAAUCAUUGGAUGCUAUAGAUGGAAAGCAGGCUCGACGGACCAAUAGCAGCACACCUCUUGGCGAGCUCUUUGAUCAUGGCUGUGACUCCCUCUCUACAGUGUUUGUGGUCCUGGGCACAUGUAUAGCAGUGCAGCUGGGUACUCACCCUGACUGGAUGUUUUUCUGUUGUUUCGUGGGCAUCUUCAUGUUUUAUUGUGCCCACUGGCAGACGUAUGUUUCUGGAACGCUGCGCUUUGGCAUAAUUGAUGUGACUGAGGUUCAAAUCUACAUUAUAAUCAUGUACUUACUGGCUGCCAUUGGAGGAACGGCUUUUUGGCAAUCUGUGAUCCCUGUGAUAAAUAUCCAGAUUAAAAUAAUACCGGCCAUUUGCACUCUUCUGGGUGCCGUUUUCUCCUGCACAAACUACUUCCGGGUUAUAUUCACAGGCGGAAUGGGCAAAAAUGGAUCUAGUGUUGCGGGAACAAGCGUUUUGUCUCCAUCCUUCCAUAUAGGAGUGGUAAUCACACUUGCUCUAAUGAUCUAUAAGAAGUCUUCAAUGCAGCUAUUCGAGAGACAUCCCUGUCUCUACAUCUUAGCAUUUGGAUUUGUCUCGGCCAAACUCACCAACAGACUGGUGGUUGCUCAUAUGACAAAGAGUGAAAUGCACCGUAAUGACCUGGCCUUCACCGGACCAGCGCUGCUGUUUCUGAACCAGUACUUCAACAGUUUCAUUAAUGAGUACUGUCUUCUGUGGGUCGUUCUGGUGCUGUCAGCGUUUGAUCUGGUGCGGUACUGCGUGAGUGUCUGUAACCAGAUCGCCACACAUUUAAACAUCCGUGUCUUCAGCAUCCAGCCUCCGUCUCCAUCCAGAGUCCAGGCAGACAGCAGAAAUCACCACUAACCUCUCGUCCCCUCUCCCUCAAACACCUCCAGUAGGUCACGCACCUACUGAAGUAGUGAAUGUAAACGACAACUCACAGAGCCCGAGCCCAAAUGGCUGCAGUUAUGAACUUUGUUCUCAUAAUGAAGAGAGAGAGAGGAUAUUUGAAGGACGAUAGGGAAUAUUUGAAAGAAUAUACAUCCUACGGUUAGAACACCAUUCAGUUGUCAGUAUUUUGUUGUUAGAUGACCAGUUUUGUUUGCCAUAGUCAGUAGAUCUGCCACAGAGGCCACAACUAUGAAUGUUUUUUUUUUUUUUUUUUGUCAGUUUUA